AUCAACACCACGCACAGUCACUCUCUCUCCUGCACUCACUUUCUCUCUCCUCCUGGCGAGCUUUCUCUCUCUACACCUCUCUCUGCGGACCUCCUCCGAGGGGUCGCGGAGCUCCAGCACAACAGCGUGACUUGGUCUUUACACUUGGCCUUUUGAAUUUCAUCUCAAGCAACUGCAGAAUGCUCAUUCCCUCUUCCUCAUGAUACAAGGAUAGUGGGUGCAAUGAGGAGCCAUUUGAUUUGAUGACACGUACUUCCUCGGUGAGGAGUGCAAAUAUGAACAAAGAAAAUGCAGUUGGAACAAAAAGUGAAGCACCCACUAUCCGAAUUACCCGAUCAAGGUCUAAAGCAUUGGGCACAUCAACAGGGAUGCUCCCAUCCUCAAGGCCCUCCUUUAAACAGGAACAAAAGCAUACUGUCCGUGCAAAUGCCAAGAGAUCAGCAUCAGACGAGAACAAAGGAACUAUGGUUGGAAAUGCUAGCAAGCAGCACAAAAAGAGAACAGUACUCAAUGAUGUUACUAACAUCUUUUGUGAGAAUUCAUACUCGAAUUGUCUCAAUGGUGCCAAAGCUCAGGUUAAUGCAAGGCAUUCUUCUCAAUUGACUCCGUUCUUCAUAUGGACCAGCAGGCAGGGUAGAAAGUGGUCUAUGAAGAAGGACAGAGAUGUGCAUCAAAGUGGAGCUGUCCAAAUAAUGCAGGAGGAUGUCCAAGCGCAAUUUGUAGAAGAGUUGUCCAAAAUAAAAGUGGCAGAGUCUAUGGAAAUCACUAUCCCAGACAAAUGGGCAAAACGAGAAAAUUCAGAGCAUAGUAUCUCGAUGAAGGACACUGUAGCAGAGUCUUCAAGGAAACCACGAGGUGAAUUUCUUAGAACUUAUGAAGAAGAAUUUAUAUGUGGUGAGAAGUCAGCAGCACUAGUUCAACCAAGUAUUGUAGAUAUAGAUUCAAAACUCGAGGAUCCUCAAGCUUGCACCCCAUAUGCACUUGACAUAUACAACUAUAAACGCAGCACAGAGCUUGAGCGAAGACCUUCAACUAUAUAUAUGGAAACCUUGCAGAAAGAUGUCACUCCAAACAUGCGUGGAAUUCUAGUUGACUGGCUUGUUGAGGUUUCUGAAGAAUAUAAACUAGUUCCUGAUACUCUUUACCUCACUGUGAAUCUCAUAGACCGGUUUCUCUCACAAAAGUUUAUUGAGAAGCAAAGACUCCAAUUGCUUGGUGUUACUUGCAUGCUAAUUGCCUCGAAGUAUGAGGAAAUCUGUCCACCACGAGUGGAAGAGUUUUGCUUUAUCACGGACAAUACCUAUACAAGUCUAGAGGUAUUGAAAAUGGAGAGUCAAGUUCUAAAUCUUCUGCAUUUUCAGUUGUCUGUUCCCACCAUUAAAACAUUUCUGAGGAGAUUUGUUCAAGCUGCCCAAGUAUCGAGUGAGGUCCCUUCUGUUGAACUAGAAUAUUUGGCAAAUUAUUUGGCAGAGUUAACUCUCGUUGAGUAUAGUUUCUUAAAGUUUCUGCCUUCCCUUAUGGCUGCAUCUGCUGUACUUCUUGCCAGAUGGACACUCAAUCAAUCUGACAACCCUUGGAAUCUAACUCUAGAACACUACACCAAGUACAAGGCAACAGAGUUAAAAGCUGCGGUUCUUGCAUUGGAAGAUUUGCAGCUCAACACCAGUGGUUCCACCCUAAAUGCGAUACGUGAAAAGUAUAGACAACAGAAGUGCAAAUGCGUGGCGACUUUAACUCCCUCUGAACCUGCACUUUCACUCUUCCAAAGAUUUAACUACAGCUGAUCUUCCUGAAGGGCUAACUUGAGAAUAAUCAAAUGGAGUGACUUCCCACAUUGCGGCACUUCCAGGGUGAAUUCAAGCUCCACUAAUCGGAUGUCUACUUACCAUUUUUUGUCGACUGAGGUUUUGUUGUCCACAUUAAUGUUCUCAUUGUUGUAGCAUUUAUUUACGGUCUGGUGCUUCCAGAACAGUCCCUUAAUGAUGAGGAACUCUCAGAUCAUGACCCCAUACGAGGCGGCAAAACAUUGCGCCGCUCGGCGAAAUAAACCUCGGAGUUUUCCUAGUCUCUAGGAACUCAUACAGUAACCCCAUUUCUUUUGCUUGCCCGAGUGUCAAGCUUUCAGAUGUACCGUUUAGUCACAUUACUUCUCCGAAAGAAGAUUUGGAGAUCAUUCUCUCUGUACUUCAAUGAAUUUAACAGAACGAUACUGGAAUCUCUCUGUUACUCGUUCGGUA